AUGGGACACAUCAAACCUGAAUGCCCUGUCCUCAAGCUAAAGCAAAAACUAGAAGAGAAAUGUGAGGCAGACAAACACAAGAAGAAAAGAAAAGCUUACAACAAUGGCUCCAGCUCAUCUAGUGAAUCUGAUGGAAGCAUUGAGGAAGAAACUAACCUCUGUCUUAUGACUGGAACAAGCUCUUCUAGGAGCAGCGUGAACGGGCUCGACGACCUGGAUAGGCUCGACGCGCUGGACGAGCCCGACAAUUCGGACGGGGCUGAAUACCCAGACGGGGCCGAAUACCCGGACGGGUUCGACGACCCGGACGGGCCUGCACAUCCAGACGGGCCCGAAGACCUGGACGAGUCCGACGACAAGGAUGGGCCUGAGGACCCGUACAUGCCCGAAAACUUGGAUGGGCCCAAUGACUUGGACACGUUCGAUGACUCGGACAGGCCCGACGACCUAGACAGACCCGACAACUCGUAA